AAAAAACAAAUGAAACACAUAAAACACAGCUUCAUAUAAUAGUUUCCGAUGGGUAUGAAGCCAUUUGACGAUGUUUAUGACUAUUUUAUUCUUGAAUUUGACCAGUCUGAGUCUCCUCCUCAACUCUUGAUGAUGAUGAUCUCUCAUUAGUUGCUGAAAAGGAUCAGCAAUGAAUACAGUUCCGUUUUAUCCGGCGUCUUCCGCUGCAUCUGCACCACUUCCACCUCCUCCUCAUCAUCGUUGGUUGCCAAUGUUACCUCCCAAUCCACCACAUUCGAAUGCUUUUUGGGAUACCAAAAAUGUUAAUGAUCGGUUCAGAGAAUUACAAGAUACUCUCAUCCUCGCUAAAGCAAUGCAGAAGGAACUUGAGGUAUUGAUGACAAUGAAAGGUGCCAAUGUAUCAUUUGAACAUGGAGAAAGGGAUUCUGUUGGUCCUGUCACCACUGGCUUUUCCAAUUGUUUACAAGAUAAGAAAAUUACAUUUGAAGCACAAGAAUCACUUUCAUUGGAUGCUGCAAACUCCUUGAUGUCAAAAUUAAGUGCUCAAUUAGAGCCAUUUCGAUCUCUCAUUGACGAAUCAUGUCCUUGGGAGGAGAAAUCAGCAUCUAUUAGAUUGUCCGAGAAAGUUCUAAAGUCUAAGCGGAAUAAACUUUGGAGGAAAAGAAAGAGAAAAUGCAGUGCAGAAAUGCGUGCGAAGGAACUUGAACAAAUUGACCAAGUUAAUCGUGAAGCUGAUGAGUGGAGGGCUAGAGAGAGUGCCAAGGAUGCUGCACAAUUGAAGAUGGCAAAAAUGAAAGAAAUUGCAAAACUUAAAUCAAAAGAGCAGAGAAAGAGACUAGAAACUGAGCUUGAGCUGGUUUUGGUCGUGGGGAAGUUGCAAGAACUACGCUCCAUCAGGAUUCAGAAAUUGAAAAAGCAAGGGCAUUUUCUCCCAGAGGAAGAUGAUAAGUUUUUUGAAAGAGUUCAAGCUGCAGUUGAGGAAGAGGAGCGGCAAGCAGUGGCUGCCGCUGACACAGAUGCUGCCAAGGACGCCAUUGCUGCGGCUGUGGAGUCUAGGAAAACAAUCCAUAGUCGCACACCCUUAAUAAAGGUUUUAAGUGAUGAUAAUGGUAAAACUGGGGAGAAUGAAGGCAAGGAAACUGAGAGCAAAGACAUUGUAGAUUCUGCUGUAGUUGUCAGUAGCCUAUCCGAAGAAAGAACUGAAGGUCAAAAUUAUAGUGUAGCAUACGAUUCUCUAGCUAAUUUACCAAUGGAGUUCUACCACUAUUACCAUGGUAGCAAUAAUGAUAUGGGCACACUUAUUGAGGUAAGAAGAACAUGGGAUGCAUUUUUACGACCUGGAGGAAGUCGAAUUCCAGGGCAUUGGGUCCAGCCACCUCCUCCAGCUGAUGAUAUAUGGGCAUCCUACCUUAUCAGGCCUCAAUGAGCUAUUUCUUUUCAAUCAAUGAACAUAUUAUAGAGCUCAGAAAAGGCAGCUGUGGCUUCUAUGACUGGUAUUUUCUGAAUUUUGAAAGAAUUUACAUGUUCUGAGCUUUUUCUUAGCAUGAUAGAAGUAGAAACCACUCGCGUCGGCAUUCUUUAGUUUGAAAUUACAGUGGUUUGUGACUAGAGCAAGCUUCAUUUUCUCUUAAUAGACAAUGUGAAAAUAGUUUGAUAAAAUUAAAAAUUAAGUGUUUUGGUGUUGAAUAUAAUAAUUCUUGAAUUAGAUAAAUCUGUUUGACAAACUAUAAAUAUCGAAAAUCAUAAAAAUUGUAAUUGUUAAAUAUCUGUUUUUAGUUUAGCUUCCUA